UUCCUCUCUAUUAAUACACUGAACCUGAUCUUCUCCUCUCCAUCUCGAUUCCUCACAAACAAAUCACGGAAACCUUUUACUCUCCUUCCCUCCUUCUCGAUUUUAACCUACACACACAGAUCACAUAUUCCUCUCAUCUUCUCUCUCAAGCUCAAUCAACAACUCAGAUAACCCCCCCUUUUUCUCUACGAUAAUCGUCGGCCACCACAGUGGGUGGCGGCACGUGAAAUGUUGAGCGGUGGCUGGACGGUGAAGAGAGAGAGAGAGAGAGAGAGACCGAGAGGACUGAAGAGGUGGUACCGGCGUCAGGACCGCCGUAUACGGUGGCGGAGGUGGUGUUCUCCGGCGAGUUUCAAGGUAAAACCCUCCCCGUUUCUUUGUUUUGAUUCUUUUCUGUCUUGAGACCGAUGAUGACAAUGAUUCCUGUUGAUUUAUGGCUUGAUGAACGGUGAACGACACGGCGGCCGGAGCUCGUCGGCGGCGGCGGCGGCGACACGGUGUUGGCAGCGACCUAACGGUCGGAUUGUUUAUCCGGCGGUCGGCGUUUUAGUCCAGCGGUCCUUGCCUUUCUGUCCGAUAAAAAUUCCGAUUUAUGAUGGUUUUGGUUCAGAACGGUCAGAUCUGGUUCAAGUUGUGGCUCGGGUUCGGGUCAAACAUUGUUCGGGUCAGCACUCGGUCAAAGCCGGUCAGAGUUGGUCAAGACAGUCAACAGAGGCCAACGGUUCAGUACGGGUCAGCCGAUUCGAGAUAGAUUAUGAAGCGGUUCAGUUGACUCGGUCAACCCGAGUCAACUCAGUCAACUCGGUCAACUCAGUCAACUCAGCGAGUUGACUCGGUCAGCUCGGUUUUCGACACGAGAAGAUGGUAAAGAUUUCACGGCGCAAUACAUUUCGUUAUUCUUAUAAUUUUAUUUUUUCCGUGAACGAGCUCAACCGAUAACUUUA